AUGCUGGCUUCAAGAUCGCCAACAUUCAGACGCAUCUUUGAUGAGAUGAUUCUCGAAGACGCCUGGGGAGAGUCUUUUGAUGCAGACAUCUCCAGCGAAGGAGUAAGCUGCGGUCAAUUGGACGAGGACGACGAACUGGUCAGCUACAACAGCGAUUAUGGUUACCAGGACUCUGUCAACAUGUCCGGUGAGGACCGUGGACCCGAGUCAGAUGACGACGAGAGCAUGGGGGACGAUAGCAGCGUUUCUUCAUGGAACCAAGGCCAACGACGUCGUCGUCGCUUUCGUCGUGUACGGUCAGGAUCCGAAGAUCCAUCGGCAUUGGUAAAUGCAUUCCCGUAUCAGUUGGGUCCCAUGGGCUCGGCAAGGACGGAUCAGCCAUCUCCACUCUCAUCACCACAGGUGGAAAGGGCAGUCGACUUGAGUAUGGAACGAUUGAAUGUCCGAGUUCAUCAACUGCGUAUUCAAGACGAAUCGGACCAUGAUCAUGAAGUGAGGAGGAGGGGAACAGUGAGAUCGAGUCCAGGACUCGUGAGCGUAGGGGGAAAGGGAGUAGAGAAGGGAGAUGAAGAUAGAGCAGACGACGAGGGCGCAGAGGCAUUAUCGGAUGACAGAGAAGAUGGUAAAAGCAUCAGCAGUGUAGGCACAGAUGGCGGCUUACCUGAGCUCGUUGUCGCCUUUGCUGAUCCGGAAGGCAGCCACUUCAAGGAACUAUUGUAUUGGCUCUACACGGGAGACGGCAAUCGGUGGAUUCGAUUUUUCACGCCCGAGAACUAUGGUUCGAUCCUGCAGAACAUCCUUCACCUGAACAUUGUGACGAGAGAGGUACUCGAGAUCUGUAUUGUGUUUGAGGCCAGAACGCCACCAGAGCUCGGCCUCAGGGGGAUGGCUCUCUCUGUCCUCUGUGGACCUUCGUCCAAUUCGUUGUCGCAGCCCGAUUCGAAUGCGAACACAGAUGCAGCAUUCACCGCAGAGGCAGAGACAGACAUCAGCCCAACAUAA